UUGUUUUGUCGGCUCACAGUCUCAGCUCUCAGCUGUUUACAUUUUUUUUAACUUGGAUAAUGUAAGGAGAAAAUUUAUUUACCAGUUAUUUUAACGUGUCUAUUGAGUGUACGAAAAUGAAAAAGUGUGUGAAUUUUGUAGUGCUCGCUGUAUUAUAUAUUUCCGUCCCUAUCUGCUAUGUAUCUUGCAAAAAUGUAGAAGUGGAUUUAUCUAAUUAUUGGCCUAAUAGCCCAACAAUAAACGUCUUUCAAAAGUACAUUACCCUCUCUGAAGAUGUAACAACAGUGAACAUUCUGAAUAUCAAUGAUGACGUUGGAUUCUUAAUAAUACAAGUACACAGUUAUGUCGAAAAUAUUACACUGUCUUAUAAUUCUACACUUCAGUUACAUUCAUUUGUCACUGGGACUAAUGUAGGUUUAAUUUAUGGUUAUGGAGAAAGUAGUGCCAAUUUUUAUAUUUUCCGAAAUGUGCCGAACAAUCAACAUGUUUACGAUUCAUUUCUACUGGUUGUAACGGUUUAUGAUGCGAUGGAUCCUGUACCUGGGGGAUGUAAUCUAAGCUUUGCGAAUAUGGUGGCCCCUUAUCAAAUUGUAUCCUCUAACGAAGAAUACAUAACUGUUGAGAGUCAGCCACCAUCGGGUUAUGGAGUUUCGUGUGAUGAUAAUAAAAUACAAAUAGAAAUGUACCAUCUGUUUAUGGGUGAAUAUGAUAAAAGUAUAAAUGGAUAUUUCGAGGGAAUUACUAAGAUGCUUACUGUUGAAAAUGUAAGGGCAAACGGAAGAAAAGUGCCAUCAAGCGAAGGAUAUUUCCUCUACAAUAAAUUAUUCAGUUUGUAUAGAGGAACUGGCGAAGUGUUUGCUAUUUUAGCGACUUUUAACGACAGGACUUCAGCAUACGUGCCUGCUGUUUCAUAUGGAUGUGAUAUGAGGAACUGGGACGGAAGUUGUAUUGGUCCAAUAACACGAUACUGGAAAUUCAUAUGUGCUUUGCUCUUAAUAUUGGGACUGACAAUUUGCUUUUAUGGCCAUAAGUUUUUCAAGUUCACACUAUUUGUAUUGGGUUUUGCAUUUGGUGUGUUGCUGACUUAUUUUAUCAUAACUCUGGACGAUCACUUUGACGUGGAUGAGAAAAUGGUAACUUCUAUAAUGAUUGGAUUUUUAUAUGGAAUAAUAUGGGUGUUUAUUUGGUGGAAAUUUGGUGUUCCAGUUUUAUCGGUACAACUAAAUUUUAUACUGAGUGGAUUGUUAGUGGCCUCAAUUAUAUUUUAUGCUGGUCUUGCGGAUUUUUACAUCUAUCGUAGCAAUUUAGUAUUUUGGGUUACGUUUGUAUGCAUAAUGGUAGCUUGUUCUAUCAUCUGGACACCCAUGUCUAUGUACAGUCAUAUAUUUGGCUGUAGUUUUUUGGGUUCCUACGCUUUCUUCAUAGCCUUGAACUACUAUCUAGGUGGAAACUUGCAAUAUAUCGUCAUAAACACCUACCGAAGGGCAACGGUAUGGAACUUCAGUAACGCCGUUAUCUCUCCACCUUUUGAGAUUAUUGAUAUUAUGCACUCCAUAGGGUGGGUAGUCUUGGUGGUGACAGGAUGUUUCGUCCAAUUAAGGGAUCAAAGAAGUAAACCACCAUUUCCUCCAAACAGAAACGGUGUAGUUGUGGCUAACACAGAUUCAGAAAGAACAAGACUUAUUCCACGGGAACAUGUAGAAGUUCCACAGUAUGUUUAGAAACUGACAUUGAUACAAUACAAGGUAGUCGUUAAGUUUUAAAUGUAAGUCUUUCUGUAAUAAUAUGGUGGUUGUUGAAAAAGAUGUUUCUUUUUAAUCGGGAACUUCAUCACUUCGUGCGAGACAAGAGAAAUUUACUUAGCUUUAUAUUAUUCUUUAAGAAAUGAUUAAAUCAAUAAAGAUGUCAAUUUAAAUAAGA